AUGUCAGAGACUCCCCUAGAACCCUCAGAGGAUAGUGAUGAAGUGUAUAUUAUGAAAGGAACAAAUGAUACUCUAUCCACUUACACUUCCAUUGAGGGAAUCAUGGACCCUAUUAAAACACUUAUUGACUCUGGCUCUUCACAAAACUUCAUGGAUAUUACCUUUGCUAGGAACCUCAAGAUUCCUCUGAUUGAGCUCCACUCCCCUAGGACAGUCAUAGCCAUUGAUGGGAAAGAAACCUUUUAUGCUAUGCCACUAGGAGAUACUCCACUCAUCCUAGGUCUCUCCUGGCUAAGAGAAGCCAACCCUACCAUCUGCUGGAGGGAUUUCUCAUUAAGCUACAAGGAUGAGGAACCUAUCAAAGGAAAACUGGCAGAAGUGCAGGUGGUUGGUUAUGUAUAG